AAAGAAACCCUUCUUUCCCAUAAGAGACAAACUUCUCUUCUCCCCACCUAUAUCUUUUAUAACCUUUUUUCUCUUUCUCUCCUGCUUGCACUUUUAUCUCCUUCUCUCGUCUACCCUUACUCAUUUCCAAUGACUUUGUCUUCCUGAUCCGGUUCUCUGCGUUUCCACUUUUAUUCUUUCUUCCUAAUUACAUCACUACCAACAACAAGAUUUCUCCUUUCUUUUGUUGUUUCCCCUGCGAUCACAAAGCUCAUCAGAUCUCUGUAUCAUUCAUUCAUUCAUCAAUUCCUUCGAUAUUGCAACCCCGUUGGCUGCUGGCAUAUCUCUGAUAAGUUUCGCGUUUCUCUACAAUUUCCAUGUCUUGAAUUUAUAUGGCAUUCAUGUUUCUUUAGACUCUUCACCUGUUGCCUUCUUUCUUAUAGGUUGCUCUGUUUUCAAUGCCCAUUCUCUAAAAUCAAAGCUUCAUUAAUCAUAAUUGAUUUUUGUUCAUUAAAUUCUGCCAAUUUCUCUCAAAUUUGCAUGCAUGUACCUAUUUUCUUUCACUUAAUUGCAAAAGGAAGCUUCUUUCUUUCUUCAUUCCCUGAUUUCAAUUUUCAUCUUUGCAAUCCAGGGUAUCAUAAUUCUAUACCAAAGCAAUGUCCCAACCACCAUUGAAACCGGUUCUCCAAAAGCCACCGGGAUACAAAGACCCAAACGCAACGGCUGUCCAGCCGGGGUUCAGACCCCCGCCACGAAAGCGGGUUCUCCCACCUUCUUUCCAUCCGAAGAAAACAAAGAGUAGCUGUUGUCGAGUUUGUUGUUGCUGUUUCUGCAUCUUCUUUUUUAUAUUGUUUCUCCUCAUCAUAAUCUGCGGCGCUGUUUUCUACCUUUGGUUCGACCCCAAAUUGCCCAGCUUUCACGUCCAAUCAUUCCGAAUCUCCCGCUUUAACGUCACCAAAAAACCUGAUGGAACCUACCUCGACGCGACAACGACGGCCAGAAUCGAAGUGAAGAACCCAAACGGAAAGAUGACGUAUUAUUACGGCCAUACGGAAGUUGACGUCAGCAUUGGGGAGGGUGGGGAUGAGACUGAGUUGGGAACGAAAACGGUGCACGACUUCAGUCUGGGGAAACAGAAGACGACGAGUUUGAAAGUGGAGACAAAGGCGAGUAACAAGCUGGUAGUUGAUGGGGUUGGGAAGAGGCUUCUGACUCGGUACCGAAGCAAGACGUUACCAUUAAACGUGGAAGCUCGGACGAAAGUUGGAGUGGGUGUGGCAGGGUUGAAGAUUGGUAUGGUGGGGGUGACAGUGAAGUGUGACGGAAUCACCAUGAAACAGCUUGACGGUGGUGACAUGCCUAAAUGCGUCAUCAACACGUUAAAAUGGCUCAACAUUCGUUGAUACACUUCACAUGCAAGGGUAGAAAAAAGGACUCAUCCAUGACGCAAUUCUUCGACAUUGGAUUGUAGCUAGUUUUGGCCCUUCUUUUUUUUUUUUUUUAAUUUCCUUAAAAUUUUAUUUAUACAAUUAGAAUAAUUAUUUUAUUCAUAUAUACAUUAUAGUUGUGGAAAAUGAAAAGGAAGAUCCAACACCAACCAAAUAGUACCAUUCAUAUCUAUCAUAUAACAGCACAACAUGUGUCCAUGUCUGAACUUUGGCUUCUUAUGUUGUAAUGGGCAUG